AUGAGUGGCUAUGCAGCUCUGCACAUGGACCUCAUGGCCUGGGGUCCAUUAGGCCUUGCAAGGCCAAUGUGGCGCACCCUGAUCCUGAGGGAGCGCAGGGAGACCCGCGAGCGCCUCUCGGGCCACUGGGGGCUGCCGGUGGUGGCAACCCAGGUGCUGCUGAUGGUGGCCCAGGUGCUGCUGGUGGUGGCCCAGCAGUCCUCCGGGUCCGGGCUGUCCCCCUGCGGACCUGCGAGAGGUGGCUCUGGAAAUUAUGGAGACACUUUGAACAUUCUGGCUUUAAAUCCCCGAAUACAGACUCAUGCAGCCCUCCAUUCAACUGCGUCAAAGAAGCAAGUUAAGAAGCAAUGGAAAAGGAAUUCUGAUAAAAGCUGUUCAAACUGCGAGAAACUGGAGAAUAAUUUUGAUGACAUCAAGCCCACGACGCUGGGCGAGCGCGGAGCCCUUCGCGAAGCAGUGAGGUGCUUGAAGUGUGCGGAUGCCCCAUGUCAGAAGAGUUGCCCAACUCAUCUAGACAUCAAGUCGUUUAUCACAAGUAUCGCAAACAAGAACUAUUAUGGAGCUGCCAAAAUGAUUCUUUCUGACAAUCCACUUGGCCUCACCUGUGGAAUGGUGUGUCCAACUUCUGAUCUGUGUGUCGGUGGCUGCAACUUGUACGCCACGGAGGAGGGACCGAUUAACAUUGGUGGAUUGCAGCAGUUUGCUACCGAGGUGUUCAAAGCUAUGAAUAUUCCUCAGAUUAGGAACCCUUCAUUGCCUCCUCUCAAAGAGCUGCCUGAAGCCUAUCACGCAAAGAUAGCUCUGCUUGGCGCAGGACCCGCAAGUAUGAGUUGUGCUACUUUUCUUGCUCGCCUGGGCUACUCAAACAUCACCAUAUAUGAAAAGCAGGAGUAUGUUGGUGGCUUAAGUACGUCUGAGAUCCCGCAGUUCCGAUUGCCGUAUGAUGUAGUGAAUUUUGAAGCUGAGCUUAUGAAAGAUCUUGGAGUGAAGGUCAUUUUUGGUAAAGGCCUUGCAAUAGAUGGAAUGACGCUCCAUACCUUGAAAGAAGAUGGUUACAAAGCAGUCUUUAUUGGAAUAGGUUUGCCAGAACCAAACCGAGACAGUAUGUUCCAAGGACUGAGAAUGGAUCAAGGAUUCUACACAUCUAAAGACUUUCUACCUUUGGUAGCAAUGGCAAGUAAGCCAGGGAUGUGUUGCUGUCACUCUCCAUUGCCAUCAAUACAUGGAACUGUGAUAGUACUCGGGGCAGGAGACACUGCUUUCGACUGUGCAACGUCUGCCUUACGCUGUGGAGCUCGUCGUGUAUUUGUGGUAUUCAGAAAGGGAUUCAAUAAUAUCAGGGCUGUCCCAGAAGAGGUGGAACUUGCAAAAGAGGAGAAGUGUGAAUUUCUGCCUUUUCUCUCCCCUCGAAAAGUGAUUCUUAGAGGUGAACACAUUGUUGCUAUGGAGUUUGUUCGAACUGAACAAGGUGAAGAUGGAAAUUGGAAAGAAGAUGAGGAUCAGGUUGUCCGCCUGAAAGCUGAUGUGGUCAUCAGUGCCUUUGGUUCAGUUUUAAGUGACGCUAAAG